GAUGGCGGGAUAAGCAAUUGGCGAUUUGUCAGCUCGAGAAAAACGCGAUGACGUCACAUGCGACUGUGUUGGCGCCAGAUUUGGGCGCGCGGGAGAAAGAGUUUGGAGCCGCUUCUGUCAGUAGGAGCGGGAGAGGUUGCAGUCAUGCCGAUACUAAGAUCAAAAAAGCUUUCUCAGAGCUCUGAGAGCCUGCCAUCUUCAUCUCCGGGUGUUCGUGGGAGACGAGCAGGGUCACAGUAUUCCAGCCCCACCUAUUUCCGUGGAGAGCAAGUUGCUGAGCUGCUGGUCGGACAGGACGCCGGCUUUGAUGAUAUAUCAAGUGAAUCAGAGUCGGACACAGGGAGUGACUUUGAGGAGACAUUAAAGAAAGGGAAGAAGCAAUUGCCUUCCAUUAUACAGCAUGCACCGUCACCUAAGAGACCAAGGCCGACAGUAACUGAGAAGAAAUUAGUUGUGAAGAAGUUAAAGUCUAACAGACAGCAAAAAGUUAGUCCUGUGUCUCAGUCAGAAAAUCUGCCAAAAAGUGUCCCACAGCUGUCCAGGAGACCAAGGCGAGUACUCGCAGAGUCUAACCAGUCAGUGGGAAAAGAAAAUGAUGUGCUGUGUGUUGACCGUGUUCAGGAUACCAGUAAGAUGUCUGGGAUCAUCAGACUCCCAAAAUCUAAUACACAGCUUUCAAAGAGACCAAAGCGAGUAUUGGCAGAAAGUAAUCAGUCAACAGGAAAAAAAAGUCGGCAGAUGUGGCAGGAUAGUGACCAAGAAGUCAGCGACCUGUCUGUGACAAUUAAACAGCCUAAAGCUGCCUUGCAGUCAUCUAGGAAACCAACACAGUCAUUAAUGUUGAAAAGUUCCAUUGAAAGACAACAAAAAGAAGCCAACAACUUAUUUGAAGCAGUAAAGUUGGCAAAGAGUGCCAUGCAGACACUAGUUGAUGAAUGGUUGGAAUUUUAUAAGCAGGACAGGGAGACUGCUUUGCUGGAGCUGCUCAACUUCUUUAUCCGCUGCUGUGGAUGCAAAGGUGUCAUUACUUCAGAGAUGUUCCGAAAGCUUCAGAAUGCAGAGAUAAUUCGGAAGAUGACGGAGGAGUUCGAUGAGGACAGUGCUGAUUACCCUCUGUCAAUGGCUGGUCCUGUAUGGAAGAAGUUCCGGCAAAAUUUCUGUGAAUUCAUCGCUGUGCUGGUGCGUCAGUGUCAGUACAAUGUCAUUUACGAUGAGUAUAUGGUAGACACGGUGAUUUCCCUCUUGACUGGACUCUCCGAUUCACAGGUCCGUGCCUUCAGGCACACCAGCACACUGGCUGCAAUGAAGUUGAUGACAGCUCUGGUGGAUGUGGCCAUGAAUCUGAAAGUUCACCAAGAAAACAAUCAGCGUCAGUAUGAUACUGAGCGGAACAAGGCAGCAGGCAAGAGGGCCAAUGAUCGCCUGGAGAUGCUGCUACAGAAACGCAAAGAGUUGCUGCAGAAUCAGGAAGAGGUUGAAAACAUGAUGAAUGCCAUCUUUAAGGGAGUGUUUGUCCAUAGGUAUCGGGAUUUGAUUGCUGAGAUACGUGCCAUCUGUAUGGAGGAAAUUGGUAUAUGGAUGAAGCACUACAGUGACUCAUUUCUUAAUGACGGCUAUCUGAAGUACGUCGGCUGGAUGUUAUUUGACAAGCAACGAGAGGUGAGACUGAAAUGUUUAAGGGCACUCCAGCAUCUGUAUGAAAACAAGGAAAUCAGCCAGAAAUUGGAACUCUUCACCAACCGCUUCAAGGACAGAAUGGUGUCCAUGGUCCUCGACAUGGAUUCUGAUGUUGCAGUAGAAGCAAUCAGCCUGUUGACACUUAUUCUGCAGAAUACCGAGGAUGUAUUGAACAAUGACGAAUGUGAGUGUGUAUACCCCUUGGUGUAUGCCUCUCACCGCCCGACUGCAGUAGCUGCGGGAAAUUUCGUAUAUGUUAAGCUGUGGCAACAUUACACUGAAGCUCGAGAGGAGACUAUAGCUAACCAGCGAGGCAAGCGCAGUACAAAUGGAGAAUUCAUUAAGCUGCUGCUCACAUUUUUCUUGGAAAGUGAGCUCCAUGAACACUGUGCAUAUUUGGUGGAUAGUCUUUGGGACCAUGCUGGAUAUGUGCUGAAAGACUGGGAGGGGAUGACCGAGCUGUUACUGGAAGAGAUUGAAGACGACGAAGUGGGUCUCAGUGAUCAAGAGGAGGCUGCUUUGAUUGAACUAAUGGUUUGCUCAAUGAGACAAGCUGUGGAGAUUCACCCUCCCAUUGGCAGACUUUCAGGAAAGAAGUUGCUGACUGCGAAGGAGAAGAAACAACAGAUGGAUGACCGUGCUAAACUGACAGAACAUCUAAUCGUCAUUAUCCCACAGCUCCUGGCCAAGUACUCUGCUGAUGCUGAAAAAGUGGCAAAUCUUCUGAAGAUUCCAAGUUUCUUUGAUCUGGACAUAUAUAGCAGCAAACGACAGGAGAAGUAUCUGGACCUUUUGCUGAAGCAGAUCCGAGACAUUGUUCAAAAACACACUGAAAUGGAAGUUCUUGAGGCUUGUAGUCGGGCCUAUUACACGCUGUGUAACGAAGACUACACCAUCCGUAACCGUGUAGACAUUGCCCGCAGCCAGAUAGUUGACACUCUCGUUGGGAUAUUCACUCACUCUGCUGAGGACCUGCUGCAUGAGGUCGGAGAAGCUGAUGAAGAUAACCUGUAUACUGUGGCCACAUCUCUGAAGAGAAUUGCUGUUCUGUACAAUGCACACGACCUUAGCAAAUGGGAACUAUUUGACAACUGCUGCCGAAUCCUGGAGCGAGGGAUUGACACGGGGGAGAUACCAGAUCAGAUCAUCAUUCAAGCUCUGCUUUGUGCUCACUUUCAUGUCCUCUGGAGACUGGCUGUCAUCUCAGAGCAUCCAGUAACCAAGGAGCAACUCAUCAGACUCCGAAAGCAACGGAACACAGUCUUCACAGUGUGUCAGCAUGGCCUGUCGAACAUCAGCUUGAAAGUGAGAGAACAGUCGUUCACCCUGCUGUGUGACCUCCUGGUGAUCUUCAGUGCUCAGAUGACAAAGGAUGGUAAUGAAGAUCUACAACCCCUGGUGUUCACAGCGGACAUGUCGUUGGUGUCUGAGCUGCUGAGCUUCGUCAUGGACCAUGUGUUUGUGGAAACAGAGGAGGAUGGAGAUGAUGAGACAGUAAAAAUUGAGAUGCUGCAUAAGAGGAGAAAUUUCCUGGCAGGAUUCUGUAAGCUCAUUAUCUACAACAUGGUGGAUCUUAGGACUGCAGCUGACAUCUUCAAACACUACAUGAAGUACUUCAGUGAUUAUGGAGACAUCAUCAAGGAGAUGUUGAGCAAAGCCCGGCAGAUCGAUAAGGUGGAAUGUGCUAAGACACUGCUGCUCAGCUUACAGCAGUUAUUUAAUGAACUUCUACAAGAUCAAGAAUAUGCUAGUCAUUCCUCUGUGGCUUUCAGUGCCAUUAAAGACCUGGGUAGGAGGUUUGCCCUAACAUUCGGCAUGGACCUGAUGAAGAGCAGACAAUCAGUUGUAUCUCUACACUUGGAUGGAAUAAAGUUUGCCUUUCGGCAGUAUCAACAUAGUGGUUUGGAAUCUUCCCCGAUAAACCUGCUGUUUCUUGAAAUUCUAAGUGAAUUCUCGUGCAAGCUUUUGCGACAGGACAAAAAAGCUGUGCUUGCCUAUCUGGACAAGAACUUCCCAGCUCCUCUCAAUACCUCCUCAGAAGCGUGGCUCCCACUGGUGGUGUACCGCAAGUCAUUGCUUGCACGAGGUGAUGAUGACACCAUGUCCAUUAUCAGUGGUAAGACAGGGAGCAUACGCAACAAAAGAGCACCUACAACUUCAGCCAAGAGAAGGCAAAUGGACGGUACAGUGUCUGACCUGAGCUCGGAUGGGACAUGGCUGCAUAGUGGAGACAGUCUGCAGAUGAGCAAUAAGUUGACAACACCAAUACUCACCUCCACGCUCCUGCGACCAGCCCAGUGGGACUCCGGCAGUCUGCAAGGCUCCGAUCAGGAUUCUGAAAAGGGCUCCGAAUCUGAGUUUGCCCAGAGCAGGUCCUGGCUUGACUCUCAAAAUCGUAAUAAGCGGCAAAAUGAUCAGGUUCAGAAAAACAGAGUACAAAAGAACCAGUCCCGACAAAAAGUUCGCAAGCAGCAGUUGUUGAGUCUAAUGGAAGAAGAAGGAGAAGACACUGAAACAGGAGAAAUUAUGUCUGAUGCCACCAGCGAGCAUUCGGAUGCAAAUAGCGAGAUCAUUCUGCAGGGAGCCCUUGGCAGACAUGGAAGAGCUGGGCUGUUGCAGGAUCUCUUUGACUCAAGUAUUCUCGACAUUGAUGAUUUCUGAAGCUGCUGGAAACUCAUCUUUAAUUUUGAUUGCUGUACAUUAAUUUGGGAUUUACAUUUGAAACGAGUCUCUGCUGUGCCACUUGUUUAAUUGUACUUGCUGACCUGCAAUUGUAGUUCAUGAGAUCACAAGGCAGAAGUAAUGGAUUAAGGCUUCUCAGACCUAGGAUAUGGGUUGUCUUUUCUUUUGUAUAGUUAAUUUGUGUUUGUAAAUUUCUGUUGUAAAAAUGUUUCUGCAGUUUACCUUACAUUUUGUUAAUAAAGGCAAUU